UAAUUUUACUUGGCUUUCGCGAUUUAAUCGUCAGUAAUCAGUAAUCUCGUCUCUGAUAAAAAUUCAGCCCUUUGAUCUAGCUCUUCUCCUCCCGCAAUCUGCUUCAAAGUUCUGGUAUAGUCGGAAUAGACCAAGCACUGGAUUUUGAUCAACAAACAGAAUGACCGAGCCUAUCGAUCUGGCUUCCUACCGCAAAGCAGUCUUCCCGCACCUCCCACCGGACGCGCGCUUCAGCGCUCCAGAGAAACGGAUACACAUCAGCGAAGAUCUGCGAUUUUUCCACUCGACGACAGCCUAUGCGCGGAUACAAUUCCUGCUAAACUACGUAUCUGAGCUUGUGUCGAAAGUCGACGCGCCCGGAUCGGCGGACGGGCUGUUGCCGGGCGUGCAGAGCGUGGCUGCGGUAUUGGAUCGGUUGGCGGGCGUGGUGGAUGAGGUGCCGCCUGUGAGUGGACCGCGGCGGUUUGGGAAUCCUGCGUAUAAAACGUGGUAUCACCGAGCCGAGACGGAGAUUUUGACGAUGGUGGGCGAGAUCAUCGAAGCUAGAUCGGUCACGCUGGACGCAAAGGACGAGUUGGCGGCAUAUCUGAUAGCCGCGCUCGGAUCUGUCCAGCGCCUGGAUUUCGGGACCGGUCAUGAGCUCAGUUUUCUGGCGUUUUUUGGCGGAUGUUUGUUUCUUGGACUUCUGGAUGACGAGAAAAGUGGUACGUCGGUGAGCGGAGAGGAUAUCCUGUGGAUCUUCUCGCGGUAUUUCAAAAUGGUUAGAAAGGUGAUUACAACCUACUCGCUCGAGCCCGCGGGAAGUCACGGCGUCUGGGGUCUCGACGACCAUUUCCAUUUACCAUAUAUCCUUGGCUCCGCGCAAUUAAGAGGGGUUGAAGAGAAAUUUGAAGGAGAAAACGCGGCAGCGAAGCCAAAGGUCAGUUCGAGACCGUCGCGGCCGAGUAAAGCGCCAAGUAUGAUGUCGGUGUACGGCAUGCCGCGGCCGUCUGCGGUUAUGAGCAUGGAGAUCAUAAACGAUUUUAAGGAGAAGAAUAUGUAUUUUGGCGCGAUAGCAUUCAUAUAUCAGGUCAAAAAGGGACCGUUUUUCGAGCAUUCACCGGUGUUGUACGACAUUUCAGGCGUUCAGUAUUGGGUUAAGGUUCAUUCUGGGUUACUUAAAAUGUACAAUGCAGAGGUGCUGGGUAAGUUCCCGGUCGUGCAGCAUUUCGGGUUCGGUGGUGUUUUGUAUCCUUGGGCGGAGUUCGCUGCUGCUGGGGCUGCUGCUGCUGGUGGGACUGGGGAUAAGAGUCGGUGAUGUAGGAUAGAAAGAGAAAGAUGGGUUUGGGAUG